AUGACAUCUACACUCCGACGCCUCCCUCAGGCGCUAUCCUCACCGAGAUGCGGGACGUCUCGUGCUUCCACUGUCCCUCGUUUUCAUCGUACCUAUUCUACUCCUGCAACUCCAACCUCUGCACAGCCAUGGAGCAAUCCUCCUUCAUGGACCAAUGUCGCUGAGGAUGAGAUUGCCAAGCUGGCAGCCAUGCGACGGCAGCCAUUGACUCUAGGGGAUCUCCUCAAACAUGGCCAACCGCCUCUAUCCAAGCAAGCACUUUUAGAUUCCGCGAAUUUUACUCUAUCCCUUCUACCAGCUCGGCUAGCAUACCGAAUACAAUGCCUGCGGAAUCUUCCGUUUAUCGUAGUAUCGAACCCCCAUGUCUCACGAAUUUACAAUAAUUACCUGCACUCACUAUCAACCCUUUUACCAUACCAACAACGCCGAAUUACCACCCUCGCGGAGGAGAAGCAGUUUGCAGAAGUCAUGGCAGAUCUCGUCCAGACGCAUACCAAUACCAUCCCCAUCUUAGCAAGAGGUUUCCUCGAAUGCAGAAAAUACAUCAACCCCGGCGACGUUACAAACUUUCUCGACUCACACCUGCGAGCGCGUAUUGGAACAAGACUGAUUGCUGAACAACAUCUGUCCCUGCAUUUCGCCUCGCAGCCAAUCAGUGACGAGAACCCCAACCCACCCAUGUCUCAGCGUGAUCAGUGCCCACCAAAUUAUAUCGGCGUUAUUGAUACAGCACUGCGCCCGGCGCGUAUUAUUCGAUCGUGCGAACAUUUCGUGGGCGAGAUAUGCGAGCUGAAGUACGGCGUGCGUCCCAGCCUCGUGAUUGGCGGCGAACCAGACGCAGCCUUUGCCUACAUACCUGUACACGUAGAGUACAUCAUCACGGAGCUGUUGAAGAAUGCCUUUAGAGCCGUUGUAGAGUCCGGCAAUGAACGCGAGCCUAUCGAAGUAACAAUUGCCGCAGCUCCUGAUGUUCCUGGGAACCACAUGUACCCAGUACCCAAUCUCCCUCAUCACGCACGCGAUGGGGACGUCAACGUCGACAUCACCGAAGAAGUCCCUGUCGCCAAUGAAAAUAUACGCCUCACCAGCGCGUCGUCGCAGAGUAUCACAAUUCGAAUCCGCGACCGUGGCGGCGGUAUUCCACCUGAAGUCCUGCCUCAUAUAUGGUCAUAUAGCUUCACCACAUUCUCCGAAAACGACCUCCCUGUUGGCGAGAACGGGAAUAUUGAUGCAUUGAACACGAUAUCUGGCAGUGGAGGCAACAACACUAGCUCGAUUGCAGGACUUGGGUAUGGUUUGCCGUUGAGUCGCGCGUAUGCAGAAUAUUUUGGAGGCAGUAUUGCUGUUCAGAGUCUGUGGGGAUGGGGGACUGAUGUAUAUCUGACUUUAAAGGGUGUUGGACGUAUUAGCGAGGACUGA